ACGUUUUUUUUUUCUCUCUCUCACACACAAUAACUCAUCGCUACAAAACAAAACUACGUAGCCCUUUCUCAAUAACUCCACACACAAUGUCCGGCGACGAAGCCACCACUCCCCCCACCGCAGCCAAACCUUCCGCCACCGCAGCCGACUCCCCGGCAAAACUCCAAACCGCUGUCGAAGCCCUCUCCUCCAUCGUCCCCUCUCUCUCCAAGCUCACCCCCGCCUCUCUCCUCACCAGCCCCGACCUCUACCCCAAAAUCUCCGCCCUCCUACGCCAGCCCAACUCCGGCGCCGGCGACAACAACCUCUGCCGCUGGCUCUACGACACGUUCCAGUGUGGCGUCAUUGACCUCCAGCUCCUUGUUCUCCGCUUCAUCCCCAUCAUCGCCGGCAUCUACCUCUCACGCGUCGCCGACCGGAAACCCCAAGCGGGCUUCGAAGCCGUCCUCCUGGCCCUCUACGCGCACGAAACAACCUCACGCGCCGGGAAGCCCGUGUCCAUAACAAUCCCCGACCUCAGCCAAUCCAGCGUGUACCACGAGGGCAGCGCUAAAACCUCCGGCAAAGGCCCCAGCACCCCCAACUCCGGCGGCACCGAGCCCGAAACCGCCGUGGUGUCCCCCACGCUGGAGCCCCACGGCACCGUGCGGUCGACACGGCGAGCCCGCAUCGUGGGCGUGGCGCUGGAACUCUUCUACACGAAGAUCGGGCAGAUGCCAGUCUCUUCAAAAAUCGAUUUUUGCGAGUUCUGCAAGGUGUGGGCAGGGCAAGAUGGUGAAAUGUAUAAGCAGUUCGAAGAGGGUGGAGAGAAGGAUGAGGAUGAAGAAGAAGAAGGAAAGAGAAAGGAAUUAGAAGCGGUUAGUUCUGAGGUGGUGGUUGAAAAGAAGGCGAAGGUUGAGGGUAGGGUUCCUCUGUGUUGGGAAUUGUUACAACCUGUGAUGAGGAUUCUGGGACACUGUUUGUUGGGUCCUAACAACAACAGAGAGGUUGAGCUUUUUGAUAAGGCUAAUGAAGCAUGCAGGUGUUUGUUUUCGAGGAGCAUGCAUGAUGUUAACCCUAAAGCUAUUCUUCCCAUGAGGAGUCUCAUGAGACUCUCCAAAACUGUUAUGCCCAACAACAACAACGUUGAUCCCACUGACCUACCUUUCUCUGAUGUUAUUUCUCUCUGAAAAAUCAUUUUUUUUCAUUCCCAUUCUCAAACCACGUUCAUUCUGUAGUUUCUGUUCUUAUCUCACUCUCUUUCUUUACCCAGAAAACAUAU